AUGGAGUCUCAGUAUCUGAAGAGAUGCCUGGGAAGUUGCUUGAAAAAGGGACUGGCAGAGGUUGUAGAGCAUCGGCCAGCAGAUCCAAUAGAGUAUCUGGCACAUUGGAUUUACAACUACAGAAGAAUCUUAGAUGAAGAAAAAAAGAGAAUGUUGGAGAGGAUUGAGCUGGAACAAGAACGGGAGGCAGCCCUGGUAGAACUCGAAAUGUUAAGAAAAAUGAAGGAAGAAGAGCUAAUGAUCCAGCAGAAACUUGAAGAACAACGUCAGGCUCAGUUGGAACAAGAAUGUCAGGAGCUGGAACUGCAGAAUGAAGAAGACAAAAUGCUGUUGCAGCAGAAAGAUCAAGAGGAAAAUGAAAAGACGAUAGCUGAACUUACAGAUAGACCUGGAGCGCCUAAUUUGACCAGAGUUGAGGAGCUAGAUGAGGAUGGACAGUUUGAGAGUAUAACAGAUCUCACGGCAGAAUCAGAACAAGAAAGUUCCCAACUGAUCUGA